AUGCUGUCAUCAUUGCUAUCACGACUGGCCCCACGGCCUGUGCUCUGCAGCGCAACUCAACGCGUCUUCCCAACACACAACGCCCUAUACCUCUCCACCACCACCACCAUCUUCAACGCAAAUACCGGCGCCCCGCCAGUAAAUAACCAGACCGGCAAAUCACCCGAAUACUACAGGCGUAAGGUCAGGAAGCAGAAUUAUUGGGACGAUCUUCGGCAGAGGAUGGAGAAUUUGGAAAAUGAGGAUCCUUACGUUAUAUCCGACUCGGAUGGUGAAGAUAUGCUAGCGCAUGCGAUCAAGCUAUCGCUAGAAAAGUCACCAGAGAAGAGUUCGGGUAAGAGAAAGUCGGAGGCUAUCGUGAUCUCAGAUGAUGAGUCGGAUGGACAGACAUCGAGCAGGAAGGUGGCGAAAGGAAGCAAGGCAGAGCCCGCAAAGGAAGGUGGUGGCAUGUCGUCGAUGGGUAUGGAUAGAGCCCAGAUGGAACGUGAGAGGCUUAAACGCUUGGGACGGGGCGAUCUGGUCUCUGCAAUAGGAGGGCAGCAGAAGAGCUUUGGGGAGCAGCAGAAGCGGGGGGAUCGUAAUCCAAGUUCAUCCACCAUCACCAUCACCGGCAGCGCGGCGGCGGCGGCAACAGUAGAAUCUCUUAAGAGAACCAAGACAACCAGUUCCGAUACCAGUAGUUCUGUGGUGAAGAGCGAGGGUACCAAAUUGACUGGACCAAACCCGAUGAAUCUUCCAUUCCCUCAGGGUGUUGUUAAGAAGACCUGGGUACUUGGCCAGCCGCGCAAUGGAGAUGAUAUCAAGUUUGAAGAGAUCUUUGACCCAAAUACCAUCUACGGCGCUGUCCUAUCUGCCUACCAGUGGGACUUUGAGUGGGUAUUCUCCAAGAUACCGCCAAGGAAGCUACAGCGGUUUAUCAUGAUCGUGCAGGCAAGGCGCGACGAGGAUAAGCAGCAGUAUAUCUCAAUGUUCAAAGAAUUCCCGCGGGCUGAUGCCGUCUUCCCGGAUAUGGAAGACAUCAGCUCCAUGCACAGCAAGUUACAACUUCUCUUCCACAAGCGCGCCGAUACAGGCGAAGACUGGCUGCGCAUUGUACUCCCCACGGCGAAUCUGACAAGCUAUGACUGGGGUGAAACCGGUACCAUGGAGAACAUGGUCUUCAUCAUUGACCUACCACGUCUGCCCACCCCAGAGGUAUCGCGUCUGCAGUUCCCCACGGAGCUCCUCCGCUUCUGCGAAGCACAGAAAAUACCGCAAGACGUUCUUAGACGCUUCUCCCAGUACGAUUUCUCGGCAACCGCCCACAUGGCUUUCAUCCACUCCAUCGGUGGCGCCCAUUACGAUGAAGAUAUCCGGCUCAACACCGGAUACCCAGGCCUCGGAAAGGCAAUCAAGGAGCUUGGCUACGCCUCCCCGAAGGGCCACGAGAUUGACUUCGUCACAGCUUCCCUCGGGGCGACCCAUAAUGACUUCAUUGUGAAUAUGUACAACACAGCCAUGGGCUGUGACGGGACCGCAGAGGUUUUGCGACGUCCACUGAUCCAAGAACCGAAGAAGAAGGGAGUUAAGAGGAAGAAGACUCCGCCGCGCGGGAAGGGCAGGCCGGCACAGGAUUCAGACGAAACAGCAUCCGAAGAACCUUUGGAGAUCGAUGAGGAGGAGACCUCCUGGACGCGCGUUAAAGAGCGCUUCCGUGUAUAUUUCCCCAGUCGCGAAACGGUACGGAGGAGCUUUGGUGGCUUGAAUGGCGGAGGGACCAUCACCUUUGUUCAGGAUCAGUGGCGGGAUCCGGAAUACCCAAAGAGCAUUCUCAGGGACUGUGAAAGCGUCAGAACGGGCCUGGUUAUGCACAGCAAGAUCAUGUUUGUGAGACCCCCAGUGCAGCUAGAAACGGCCGGUGGUAAGCUGGAUGCAUGGGCCUAUGUAGGCUCUGCCAAUCUCAGUGAAAGCGCCUGGGGCAAACUGAUUCUCAACCGCGCAGUCGCCGUGCCAAAGAUCAAGAUCAAAUGCAAGAACUGGGAAUGCGGUGUCGUAAUUCCUAUAUUUGCCCGCCCAGAACAAUCCAGCGGACAAACGCUAUCCGGCGAACCAGUCCCCGCGCGCACUGAACCACUAGGCCUGGAGGUGUUUGAGAAAACCGUCCCAGUCCCCAUGAUUACGCCGGCGGAGCCGCUAGGUGGGGUCCGCCCGCCGUGGUUCUUCGCGGAGAUUCAUGAAAUCAGGAGGAAAGAUCUCAAGGACGAGCAUAAAAAGGUGAAGAUGCAGGCGCGCUUGGAGAGAAGGGGGAGCGUCAUCAAAGUCGGAGCCCAGAUCAUCGGUCAACGCCGAAGGAGUGGAGUAAGAGAGGUAGGAGGUCUCUCACCCCCUAGUUAG